CGAUAUCACCUAUAUCGAUACAUCGAUAAUAUCAACAAUCAUAGUAUAUACAAAUUUAUUCGCGUACGAAAAAAAUCUUAUUUGCCAAAAUCAAAAAACCUAAACACCACUAUUGCUGAAUUUAAAAAACAAGUUCCUACACAGUCCACACAAGCAUCCGGGUAUUUUGAUUGUGACUCACUGGAACAGAUUUCCCCCCAAACACUAGACGACGUCGGAGUCGCACCCACUUGUUAAGUCAUCAAAUCAGUGUGAGAUAAUCUAGAGAGUAUAGAAAUGGCUGCUGUGGAGAACGAACCGCGCACCGAGCUCCAGGAGCUGCAGCUGAAGUCAGCUACGGUGGCAGAUGAAUCACUGGAGAGCACCCGCCGUAUGCUGAGUCUUAUGGACGAGAGCAAGGAAGCGGGCAUUCGUACCCUGGUAGCCCUGGACGAUCAGGGCGAGCAGCUGGAUCGCAUCGAGGAGGGAAUGGACCGCAUCAACGCUGACAUGCGAGAGGCCGAAAAGAAUCUCAGCGGCAUGGAGAAGUGCUGUGGCAUCUGCGUGAUCCCCUGGAAGAAGGUGAACAUCAAGGAUGACGGGGACAACGCCUGGAAGGGCAACGACGAUGGCAAAGUGGUGGCCAGUCAGCCCCAAAGAGUGAUCGACGAACGCGAGCGCGUUGGCAUGGGUGCGCCUGCACAGUCCGGCUAUGUGGCACGAAUAACCAACGAUGCACGCGAGGAUGAAAUGGACGAGAACCUGGGCCAAGUGAACUCAAUGCUGGGCAACUUGCGCAACAUGGCCCUGGACAUGGGCUCCGAGCUGGAGAAUCAAAACAAGCAAGUCGAUCGCAUCAACGCCAAGGGCGAUGCCAACAACGUUCGCAUGGACGGCGUAAACAAACGCGCAAACAAUCUGCUCAAGAGUUAAAUAUGCACACACAAAAAACGGACAACGUACUCGUAUCUCAAAUCAAUAAUCAAGCCGAUAGCCAAUGUCUGCGACCCCAAUCCCCCGCCCCCAGAUUAAUUCGACCCCGUCUUCACUUCCACCCCUGAGGGAAGAAAAGCAAAUGUUAUGGGCACAAAGCUGUGGCAGAGCAGUGGUUGCUAACCCGAUAUUUAUACUAUCUAUUAUAUACAUAUACAAGUAGAAGAAGGAACAACUGGACUAUACCAUGCAACAAAACCCAUCUAUACACACUAUACAAGCACUCUUUUUGUACAAGCAAAACCCACUGAAGGAACCAAUUACUUACGUUCGACUAACUAACUAACUGUAACUACAUGUACAUUUUUGUGCGGAAAGCAAAACCCCCAAUUACUAACUACUGUUACUAUUACUAUACAUGUGUACAAAACAAGCAACCAGAGUCAGUGUUGCAAAGCCCAAUUUUACUGAGAUUUACCUUAUAAUGUACUCUGUUUUUUGGUACACUCACUAAACACUUUUUGAGGCAUUUUACCGGAACUUGUGGAAUGGAAAACCUACACACACACACUAUAUAUACAUAUAUGAAACUGUUGAGAUAAAUAUGAAUAUGAUGUACGUACUAUUGAUGUAUUUAUGUAAACCCAAACCCUCGAAAUCCCACCAUAGGCACAGCAUCUGAAGUCACUUGCUCCCCAUGUGGAGGAGGAUAAUGAACAAUUUUUAAGGGGUGUUGGUGUGGUGUCAUAUCGUAGCCAAUUUGUUAUAUGUACAUUUAUCUAGCCUAUGGGAUUUUCUGUUUAUU